AUGAAUACUGAAAAUGCAAAUAGUAGUGAAUAAGAUUAGUAUUAUCCUAACUUUAACUCUAGCCAUAUGCUUGAGGUUUAAAUUGGAAACAAAAAUGAAGAGGAAGAUUUUUAUAGCUUAAACAUGCGUAAGCAGGAUACAAUAAUGAUAUCAGCUUCAUUAGUUACUGAAGCAAAAUAUUUAAAUGUAACGAAAGUAGAUUCAACUCAAGAUUAAAUAAAUGUGAUAGAAUAGUAAAGAACUAGACUAGGGUCAGUGUAAUCAAAAUUAGAGCAAUAGUAAAAAAGAAUGACUACAGAAAGAGAUCAAAGAUUUAGUAGUGUUAGUAAAGCUAUAUUAGGAUUUUAACGUAGAAAAAUUCAAGAUUAGAAUUCAAAUUAAGAAUAAAAUUUAAAUGUAGAAGUUUCUGAAUAGUAGAAUGUAGAAGUUGUACCAGUUAAGCUAAUGAAAGCUAUAAAUCUACUUGUCAAUGUAAAAUCUUUUUAUAGGCAGCUUUCUAAAAAUUAAAGGAUUUGGGGUAAACUAACUGAUUAAUAGCACAGCGUAAUAGGAGAUAUAACAUCUUUCAGAAAAUUGGAAUAAGAUUAUACAUUUUUUGCCUUUUAGAUAAUUCGAAUAACACAAAAAAUUGUUAAUCUUUUUAGAUUGCAAAAAAACUCUGUUUUAAUACAAAUACCAUUAUUUUCACCAUAAUCAUUAUGGAAGAGGACAUGGGAUUUAUUUUAAGCCUUUUUAAUAAUUACCAUAUCUUUUUUGCUCAGUCUAAGGAAUUUUUUUUUUCUAGAUAUAAGUCCAUAUUAGACCUAUUUUAAGUUAACGUCAUUUGUUUUUGUGAUUGACGUUAUUUUCAGCUUCAAUACAGCUUUAAUACAAAAAGGUAAUCUAAACAUAGAUAGAAAAUAGAUUUCUCUUCAUUACUUAAAAGGAAAUUUUGCUCUAGAUUGUAUUGGAAUUAUUCCUAUAUUUUUAUAAUCUUAUGAUAAUUAAUCGGAAGCUGAUGCUCUAUAUUGGAUUCUUGAUUUAUUGAUUAUUUUCAAGUUUUUUUUAUUGUCAAAAAUUAUUGAAAAUAUUGCCUUUUAUCUUAAUUAUGAGAAAAAUUCCAAAAACUCUGUUGAUUUGGCAAAAUUAUUAUUUAUGAUUGGAUGUGUAUGCCAUUUUUUUUGUAUUUUAUGGCAUGGUUUAGGAGUUUAUGAAGUUAAAAUAGGAAUCGAAGAUAAUUGGUUAUCUGCAUAAAAUUUAGUCAAUGAAUAAAAUGUAUUAAAAAGAUAUGUUUACUCUUUUUAUUUUUUAGCUGUAACAAUGAUAACUGUAGGAUAUGGAGACAUUACUCCUAAAAACUAGUAUGAGAUGUGUUUUACAAUAUUGACAAUGUUUACCACUGGAUUUAUCUAUGCUUUUUGUUUAAAUAAGAUAGGUAGUAUUCUAGAAAAUAUUGAAAAAAAGGAUAAAUAAUACAAAGAAAGUAUGCAAAUCCUUCAUGGAUUUAUGAGAGAAGAAAAUGUUUCCACUAUCCUAAGAGCUAAAAUUUCUAAUUACUUAGAGUAUCUCUAUAAGGAGUCAAAUGAAGUGUAAAAGCAAUAAGAAAAAAGUAUAAUAGAAAUUUUAUCUAACUAACUAAAAAGUGAUUUGAUUAAAGAUGUUUAAGGUAAAUAUGUAUGCAAUCUGCCCAUUUUAAGCAAAUUAAACUCAUUGCAAGAAAUUAUUUACAUUAUGGAGGAAUGCUUGUACUCUCCAGGGGAAUUUAUUUUCAAAUAAAAAGAUUUAGAUGACUCUGCUCUUUAUUUGUUAGUUAAAGGUCAUGUUAAUAUUGUAAUAGAAACUUAGAAUAAAGAAAACCCAAAUACUAUAUUAAGAACUAUAGAAAAAUAAUAAUAUUUUGGAGAAAUAUCUUUUUUUACUGGAUUUUGUAGAACUGCUUCGGCAGUAGCUGCAGAUUUUUGCAGAGUUUAUAGAAUUAAAAGACAAAAAUUUCUUGAGGUCAUCAAAAAAGAUGAGCAAGAUUUUGAGAAUUUUUAGAUGACUGUUGAAACAUUGAUAUAAAAAAAUAAUUUUAAGUUUGCAAAUAUAAAAUGUUAUUUAUGUGGUCAAGGAGAUCACUAUUCUAUCAAUUGUCCUAAGACUCAUCUUACUUUUUCAAAGCAAGUUAUAGUAAGUCAAAAUAACAAAUCAGAACCUCACAUGGAAAGAUCUUAAACUGAUAGAAGAACAAUGGAUAAAACAAAAGCUCUCUAAUUAAUAUAAAGAUGCGUAAAUGGGGUUUAUGAGAUAAAUAAUAAUUAAAAUUAUUUUGAAAUAUUAGAUGAGUUAGAAUAAGGUUUGAAAUUAGAUGAGUGGUAUGAUGAAUCUGAGUCAGAAGAAGACACUUUUUCUCAAGAUAAAGUGUAUAAUUAGAAUAUGAAAUUAAAAGACGAAUAAAAUGUUUCGAAUAGCAAAUUAAAUUUCCUGAAUGAAAUUUAUCAUAAAGAAACUGAUUAACAUAAUGAUAAAUUUUAUUAAUAGCCUUCAGACAUCUCUAGCUAAAUAAUGUGUUUAGAACAGAAAGAUUAGAACAAUAGAAGUAGAUUAUCAAUAUUUAAUUUGAAUAACAAUAAUAAUUGCCCUCCUUAAACUAUUGGUAAAUAUAGAUCCUCAAUAGUUGACUAAAUUUAAAAUAAUAUACCUAAAAAUGAAUCAAAUUUAUUGUAAAGUGUAUCAGAGUAGAAUCAAUCCUCUUAAUUCAGCAGCUCUGAAUCAGACUCUAGUAGUACUAAUUCUUAAAUCUCUUCAGAGCAAGUAUCUUAGAGUUCAUAAUUUCCAAAAAAAAAACGAACUCAAAAAUCAAAUAAUAAAUCAUAAAAUUAAAAAUAAAUUAAAACAAAUAAUUGCACAGAAACUAACUCCAAAAAAAUUACCCAAUAUCUUGCAGAAAAUGAGAACUUAUCUCCUAAAUUACCUAAGUAUAAAAAAGAAAAAGUAAGUUAAAAUGAGGGUAGCCUUAUAAUCUAAGAAGAAGAUACUUAAAAAGAUCAUACAAUAAAAACUGUUGCUAGUAAUUAGAAUAUCCAAAACAAAAUAUUGAGUAACAAAAACAUUUAGUAUGAAGAACCAUUAAAAUAAUCAAUAGGGAAACUAGCUUCUUAAUAAAAUAAUUUUUAAAUCCAAAAUACUUCAGACAUUCAUCAUUCAAAAAAUGUGCAGAGAUCAUAAACUCAUAAUAAUAAUAAUAAUCGAGAUUAAGUAAAGCGAAAAUCAAUAACAGAAUCAAAAAAAAUAGCAGGUUCUACAUCUUCUUUGAGCAGUUUUCCCACAAAUACAAAACUUAAUUAUUAAAACCAACAAAGCAUUACAAUUAACAAAAGAGGUAAUCAAUCAGGAAUGUAAGAUGGAUGCUAUGAAUAAGACAUUAAUUAUUAUAUGUUAUAAAAUUUCGAAAUUGCUAAAUUAUUUAAUUUCUACUAUCCAAAUUAGAAUUACACUGAAGUCAUUAAAAAUCUCAAGUAUAAUUAAUAAAACCUAUUUGCCAAAAAACGUUAAAAAAAGAUGUCAAAAUUUGAAUUGGAAAUUUAGUCAGAAAAAUUAUGA